AUGUCUGGCAAACAAAUCCUCCGCUCAGAGGUUAUCCUGGAAAAAUAUGGAAAGAACCUUGCUGGAAAAACAGUUCUCAUUACCGGAGUCUCCGAUGAAUCUAUCGCGGGAGAACUGGCCGUUCAGCUCGCUGCCGCCGACCCUAAGAUGCUCAUCCUCAGUGCUCGGUCGGAAUCCAAAGUGGCACCAGUAAUCAAUCAGAUAAACGCGAAGAACCCCAAUGUCCGAACACGAUUCCUCAACAUGGAUCUCUCAGACUUGAGUGCCGUUCGAAAGGCUGCCACGCAGGACCUCGUCGAUAUCUCGAAGAUCGACCACGUUGUCUGUGUGGCAGGUGUCAUGAUCUGUCCAUACGGCAAAACAAAGGAUGGAUUUGAAAUGCAACUCGGAGUCAAUUAUCUCGCAAACUUCCUGCUGAUCAAGCUUCUUUUGCCAAAGGUUGAGGCGGCUGGCCCCUCUUCAUCUGUCAUCAUCGUGUCUAGCUCUAGCAUCCGCCACGGCAAGGUUCACUUUGAUGAUAUUGGAUUCAGUGAGGGCAAAACAUAUGAGGCUUAUGCUGCGUACGGCCAGUCCAAUGUCGCACGAACAAUGUUUGCCAAGAAAUUGGCUGAGAAGCUGAAGGCCAAGGGCAUCAGAGUUUUCAGUAUUGAUCCCGGUGCUGUUCAGUCUGGGCUGCAGAGACAUUUCACGGAAGACUUUCAAGCUGAGGUUGGCGAGAUGAUGAAGGCUGGCCAUUUGGUUGACUUGGAUGGAACUAAAUUCGAUUUCCCUCCUUGGACCAGUCGCUCAGAGGGCGCUGCGAAUAUCAUCACUGGAAUGAUUGACCCUACCAUCGCAGACUCUACCGGUGCUCAUAUUAGCCAGAAUUCCGUCGCGAAUGAUGACUUGCACUCGCACAUCCAGGACGAAAACAACUGGACGCGUCUCUGGGAAAUAAGUGAAGGAUUUGUCGGAGAAAAGUAUUAG